AUGCCGGGCUUUGACUUCUCCAACUACAACCGCAACCGCGCACUCCACGCAAAGGGAGUACCACUACCCAAGGCGACGAGCACUGGUACAACUAUCGUGGGAUGUAUAUUUGACGGAGGAGUAGUGAUUGCUGCUGAUACCAGAGCUACCAGUGGACCUAUUGUUGCAGACAAGAACUGCGAGAAAAUCCAUUACAUAGCGCCGUCGAUAUGGUGUGCCGGAGCCGGUACUGCAGCAGACACCGAAUUCACCACCAACCUGAUCAGCUCCAACAUUGAACUCCAUUCUCUUUCAACCGGCAGAGCUCCCCGUGUAGCAACAUGCAUGACCAUGCUUAAACAGCAUCUUUUCCGCUACCAAGGCCACAUAGGCGCCUACCUAGUGGUAGCCGGUGUCGACCCGACUGGAACACACCUCUUCACUGUACAUGCCCAUGGCUCGACCGAUAAGCUCCCAUAUGUGACCAUGGGCUCCGGUUCUCUCGCCGCCAUGUCUGUCUUUGAGUCGAUGUGGAAACCAUCGUUGACAAAGGAUGAAGCCAUCAAACUUGCAUCUGAGGCCAUUCAGGCUGGUAUUUGGAACGAUCUGGGUUCCGGAAGCAACGUUGAUGUCUGUGUGAUGGAGAAAGACAAGCCAACCAAAGUGAUGAGGAACUACCUUACGCCUAAUGAGCGAGGAGAGAAGGAGAGAAGCUAUAAGUUCCAGAGGGGAACAACGGCAUGGUUAGAUGAGCAGGUCAUUACAAAGGCUGACCUAGCUCGAUAUGUCACCGUCGAAGAACUCGGUGGAGAGGAAGCUGUAGCAGAACGGAUGGAUGUUGACGUCUAA